UACGCCGCGACCAUAUCCAACUCAGCACGAGCCAGCCACAAUACCACACUCUUCACACGUCUAUUCACAUUGUCUCUCUGCAUCAACCGCCUGCAUUCGACCUCCACGCCUCCCGCCCCCCUCCCUACCGUCCACUCUGAUGGCCAGGCCCUGCUCGACCCCGCUCAUCCCAUGUGGGCCAAGUGAUGUGUCGUGCAGCAGCCACUGGCCGGGGUCCUUCCACGACAGCAGCGAGCGGUGGGGCCGCUUGAGGAUCGAGCGCGUGUCCAUGACCCACAGCACACGACGAAGGCCCAGCUGGGCCUCCUGGCGGUCAUCUGCUACCGGCGCGGCGGAGUGGAGUUGCCGGUCGACGUGAAGGAGGGUGGCCUCGAGGGAUCGCUGGAGCUCGUGCCUCUGGUGCUUGGUCAACGAAUCUGCACAUGGAAACACCAGGGUGAGUGCUCCCUCAUCGUGUUUGGUGUUUGUCUCACCAGUGAGGUUUGAUGCCGCCCUGAAGAGCUGCUCCAUCCAUGGCGAAUCGAACGCACCAGCAAUGCGCAACUGAACAAGACAGAUCCGUGCAUCCGCCACCCCGUCGCUUGACGAGUAGGUCAAUGUAUCGUUUGUGCAUGUCCUACUUGUGCGAGUGUCUGCACACAGUCGCUCGCCCUCAGCCGCUCCACCUUGUCAUCGAUCCGAGUGUGCAGAUCCUUACCCACAGAGCCAGCCUGCACAGGGCAGCAAGCCACACAAUACCUCACCAGUCUUCACCCACACCACCCAUUGGCUUCCAUCUCACCUGAUGCAGCUGCAUCUUGGUCAGCCCAUCAUACAUGAGGCAGAGGUCCCACACAGGGCUGCCCGCAACCCUGUCCACCACCACUAAACGACUCGCCCACCGCUGCAGCCCCAUCUUGCCCCCUUCCUCCCCCUCCACGCACCCGAGGGCGUGCACCAGCCGACACAGAGCACUGCCGUCAAGACGUGACCAGUCCGCAAGACACCCACCAAUCAGCAGCCGCAGCUGAGCGUCGGUCAGCGCGUCGACAGCCUUCAGGACAGCGGUCGCCGAGAGAGUUUCCACUAGCUGGUCGGGUGUGAGGGCCUCAAGUGCGUCGAGAAUGAGAGGCACGCAAGUGUGGGGAACAGACGGGGGGACUAGGAAGCCGCUCCAGGCAAGCGAGUGCAGAAGGCUGGCCAGGGAGGGGGCGUCGAAGUCGCUCGCUGAGCAGGCCAGGCGCUCACACACAGCCUGGAAGAGGGCAGCAGACCUGAACAAUACGAAUCAGUAACCACAACCAGAAUGAGCGGUGAGCUUCAUGCUCUGUGUUUCUGGUCGUGUCAUGUGCUGCAGCACCCGUGUGUUCUCCAGUGGGCCAGUAUGCGCAUCGUGGCGACAACAUUGGGAGUCGAUAGAUACAUGUGCUCCUCCCGCAGCCGACGCAGCACAUGCCGCCAGGCCGCCUUGCUCGGAUCUAUCUUCCUGCACGUACACCACACGCGCACACACGCAUCCACAAGAGCCAUCGUCUGCACUGCAAUGCACUCAAUGCAUUGCAUUUCGCCGCACCGCUUCCUGGUGUGUUUGUACCUGUCUGAGAGCUCCGUGAGUGCCUUGAAUGCCUUGGCAGCUGACGUCACUUGAGUCGUUUGCUCGGCCAUGUUGAUGAAUGUGCGGGCGGCGGGCGAGAUGCGCCGGGGGAUGGGAGGGGGCAGGGGGGCGGGCACAGCCACACACCGCACACGACAAGCCAUGUUAUCGACUCAGACACCAGAUCUCAGAUGAUCAAAUGAAAUCACCCUGAAUGUAUAUCAGCAGGAAAUUGAACGAAGGGGCAUCACAUCAAACAGACGGCCUCCAUACCAAAGGUGGGAGAACUUCGGAGUCCUACAGCUAAAAUACAAC